GUCCAUCCCUACCAAAUACUGUAUUUCAUACCCAAACCACCCCUAACAUUUGCUUACAAAUACAAUUGCGUCCUAUAUCACACAAUCCUCCAACCUCCGCCGUGAAAUUCGUCGGAAUCUAUCUACCAGAAUAUCGCCUGAGAUUUUUCCGAUUAUCGAAAAACGGCUAUAAAAAAGAUAAGUUAAAAGAGAUAAGAAGGGAAAUCUCGCGUUGAAGAAUGGGGAAGAAACGGAAGUCGCUAGCAACGAGCCUCGAUGAGGUGGAUCGAACCAUGUAUUCAACUUUCUGUAGCGCUGCCAACUCCCUUUCUCAGCUUUAUACUCAAGCUAUGAACCAACAGAAACUCUCUUUCCUUUCCGGUGAACGUCACGGAAUGGAAAAACUGUACCAAUGGAUCUUGAGGCAACAAGAGGGUGGAUCCAGAGUAACAACUGUUGACAUACUGAACUACCUGCAGUCCGAAUUGGAUUAUAAUGGAGAGGACCAGUCAAUGUCGCCUAGGCCACCACCUCAGCAUCAGCAUUCCCAGCCGAUGCAUUUUGCAAACUCAGGCUUCCAUGUCUCUCCAGGUCCAGUUGGCGUAGCAGCUCCAGGUCAUGGCGUACGUUCUGAUCAUGAUCAGCAACCAAAGAAUAACGUUUUCUCAAAUGCUCUUUCAAGUCCUGUUCGCCGGAGCUUACAGAAUUAUCACAUUGCUCAAGGGGGUCAGUUUUCGAACAAUGUUCAACCUCCCAAUGGUACAAGACACAUUGAAACAAACUCCCAACACCAAAAUAGAGAUUCUAAUAGUUAUAUCUCUGCCGAUGCAUCCAUGGAUAUGCAUUCCGAUAGUCCAGGUCAUGACUCUACUUACUGAUGAAUUAAUGUUUUGGAAGCUGCCUUUUGUCAUGCCAGGGUGGUCAGACUGCAAGUUCAGGUAAAUUGAUGUAUUCUGUCAUGCAGAUGUUAUAGGAGAAAAAGUAGAUUAUGAGAUUGGCUGCUUGCUGAUAAGACUAUAAGUGUCCAGACAUCAAUAUCCUUGUGCACAUGCUCAUCGAUAAAAUGCUAUUUGAUGAGUACCAUACCUUUUGAAUACACUCCUGUUGUUUUUGGGACCAGCUAGUUAGUUUCCUUUGGGUCUUUUGUGAUACUUAUGAAUUGUUUCAUUAUUUACCAUACUAUGUGAUUGGUGUUAGUGUUGCUUCCUUGUG